GGCCGGAGCGGGAGCGGGGCUGGCCCGCGUCCCACGCCCGCCUCGGCCGCCUUUUCGGCGGGAGCCGCUACUCCAGAGUGCGCGGUAGCGUGGGCCGGCCGGGGCCCCAUGUGGUGCCGACAUCACUGACAUGGCGGAAUCCCCGCCGAGCCCUCCCGGCACUCGCUCCAGCUAACCGGGACUCGCCGCCCCGCACCGCCCUCCCGCAGGAAGUCCGUUGAGGAAGAUUCUCCAUGAAUGUACGUCACAAUGAUGAUGACCGACCAAAUCCCGCUGGAGCUGCCGCCGUUGCUCAACGGGGAGGUGGCCAUGAUGCCUCACAUCGUGAAUGGCGAUGGAUCGCAGCAGGUCUUCUUGGUUCAAGUUAAUCCAGGUGAAACCUUUACAAUAAGGGCUGAGGAUGGAACCCUCCAGUGCAUCCAAGGACCAGCAGAGGUUCCCAUGAUGUCACCCAAUGGAUCCAUUCCCCCUAUUCAUGUGCCUCCUGGUUAUAUCUCACAGGUGAUCGAGGACAACACGGGCGUUCGGAGGGUGGUGGUGACGCCGCAGUCUCCGGAGUGUUUCCCUCCCAGUUACCCCUCGGCCAUCUCACCAACCCAUCACUUACCCCCCUACCUGGCACACCAUCCCCACUUCAUCCACAACUCCCACACGGCCUUCUACCCUCCUGUCACUGGACCUGGGGACAUGCCACCACAGUUCUUCCCGCAGCAUCAUCUUCCCCCAACAAUAUACGGAGAGCAAGAAAUCAUACCACUAUACGGGAUGUCCAGCUACAUCACCAGGGAAGAUCAGUACAGCAAACCACAGCACAAGAAACUGAAAGACAGGCAGAUUGACCGCCAGAACCGCCUCAACAGCCCUCCCUCGUCCAUCUACAAGAGUCACCUGGGCAGCUGCACCACGGUGUACAACGGUUACGCCAAGAGCCACAACGGGGCCACCAGUGGCAGCGGCGCCCCAACCCUCAAGAAACCCGAGCGCAGAGCCAGGAGCAGCCCAAAGUCCAGUGAGCAAGACCCACAUGAAUUCGACUCAGAAACRAAAAGGGUUCAAGACAUUCUUUCUGGAAUGGAGAAACCACAGGUUACAAAUAUUCAGGCAAGAACAGUUUUGCUCUCCUGGUCACCUCCCAGCGGCCUUCUCAAUGCAGACAGACACAACAAUGGUUUGCCUUACACCUGUACCUACGAGGUUGCCUUAUCAGAUAAAGGGAGGGAUGGAAAAUACAAGAUCAUUUACAGUGGAGAAGAAUUAGAAUAUAACCUAAAGGACCUUAGGCCAGCAACAGAUUAUCACGUCAGGGUAUAUGCAAUGUACAACUCAGUGAAGGGAUCCUGCUCAGAGCCAGUGAGCUUCACCACUCACAGCUCAGCACCAGAGAGUCCCUUCCCACCCAAACCCUCGCACAGGACCAAAAGCUCCAUAACCUUACAGUGGAAGGCACCCAUUGAUAACGGUUCAAAAAUCACCAGCUACCUUCUGGAGUGGGAUGAGGGAAAGAGGAACAGUGGUUUCAGAGAAUGUUACUUUGGGAGCCAGAAGCAUUGCAAGCUGACCAAGCUGUGCCCAGCCCUGGGUUACACUUUCCGCCUGGCGGCGCAGAACGACAUCGGUACAAGUGGGUACAGCCACGAGGUGGUCUACUACACUGCAGGGAAUAUCCCUCAGACCCCCUGUGCACCACGGCUUGUUCGAGCUGGGGUUACGUGGAUCUCCCUGCAGUGGAACAAGGUAGAAGGAUGCACACCAGAAGAGGUGAUUUCCUACACCCUGGAAAUUCAGGAAGAAGAUAAUGAUAAUGCAUUUCACCCAAAGUACACUGGAGAGGAGCAAGCCUGUACUGUGAAGAAUCUCAGAAGAAGCACACAGUAUAAAUUCAGGCUGUUUGCUUCCAACGUGGAAGGGAAGAGUUCUCCCAGCGAGGUGUUGGUGUGCACAACCAGCCCAGACAGGCCAGGACCUCCCACCAGACCCGUGGUCAAGGGGCCAGUAACAUCUCAUGGCUUCACUGUCAAGUGGGAUCCUCCACAGGAUAAUGGUGGUUCAGAAAUCCUGAAGUAUCUGCUGGAGAUUUCUCAAGGAAGUCCAGAAGCAAAUCAGUGGGAAGUGGCCUACAGUGGCUCGGCUACAGAAUAUACCUGUACUCACUUGAAACCAGGCACUUUGUAUAAACUCCGGGCAUGCUGUAUCAGCACUGGUGGACACAGUCAGUGCUCCGAGAGUUUACCGGUCCGUACGCUGAGCGUGGCUCCGGGGCGCUGCCGCCCGCCCCGGCUGCUGGGCAAGCCCAAGCACAAGGAGGUGCAGCUGCAGUGGGUACCUUGUCCCCCCCAGUACGGGCCGUAUUCGGAGGCGACCGAGGUCACCACGGCYGCAGGACCCCCAGGCCAGUGCCGAGCACCUUCCCUGUCCUUCCUGUCUGACACACGAGUCCUGGUGAGCUGGGAGAGUCCUGAAUGUUCUGGUGCUGACAUCUCUGAAUACAGAUUAGAGUGGGGAGAAGAGGAGGAAUCUCUACAACUUGCAUACAGCGGCACAAAAACCUGCUUUGAGAUCGGCGACUUGUCGGCGGCAGCGCAUUACUGCUGCAGGCUGCAGGCCAUCAACCAGGCUGGAGCUGGGCCCUACAGCGAGCUGGUGUCCUGCAGAAUCCCCGCCUCCGUGCCUGAUGCUGUGUCCACCCUGUGGGUGCUGGAGGAYGAGCCCGUGGGUGCCUGCCAGCCCUCACCCUCUGUGUGCCUUGUUCUGAGCUGGGAAGAGCCAAGCAAUAACGGGGCUGAGAUCACCUCCUACAACAUCGACCUGGGAGAUGUCAGCAUUCCCGUGGGGAACGUCACGAGUCACGUCCUGGAGGGAUUGCUGCCCGAAACCUCGUACCGGAUCAGGAUCCAGGCUGUCAAUGAAAUUGGAGCUGGACCUUUUAGCCACUUUAUUAAAGCAAAAACCAGGCCAUUACCACCCUUACCUCCACGGCUGGAGUGUGCUGCAGCGGGGCCUCAGAGCCUGAAGCUCAAGUGGGGAGACAGCAGCUCCAAGCUUCACUCUACAGAUGACCUGGUUUAUAUCUUGCAGUUAGAGGACAAAAAUAAAAGGUUUAUCCAAAUUUACAGGGGACCAAGCCACACGUACAAGGUCCAGAGGCUGACAGAAUCCACCUGUUACUCGUUCAGAAUACAGGCAGUCAACGAUGCUGGGGAGGGCCCUUUCUCAGAGAUCUCCACCUUCUGCACAACCAAGUCACUCCCACCUGCAAUCAAAGCCCCUCGAGUGACACAGCUGGGAGGAAACUCCUGUGAAGUUACCUGGGAAAUGGUCCCACCCAUGAAGGGAGAUCCUGUUGGUUAUGUGCUGCAGGUACUGGUUGGAAGAGAAUCUGAAUACAAGCAGGUGUACAAGGGAGAGGAGACCUCGUUCCACGUCUCGGGGCUGCAGAGCAGCACGGACUAUCGGUUCCGCGUGUGCGCCUGCCGCCGCUGCUCGGACAGCUCUCAGGAGCUCAGUGGCCCUUUCAGCCCCUCGGUGGCCUUCAUCCCCCAGCGCAGUGCUCCUCAGUCCCCGGGCCAUCCGGCCAGUGCUGAUGUCCCCAAGGGCACCGUGCCCACGGACGAGCAGUUCGCCGCCCUCAUCGUGCUCGGCUUCGCCAGCCUGUCCAUCGUCUUCGCCUGUAUAUUACAGUACUUCUUUAUGAAGUAGAGAACCCCACGGGAGCAUCACCUACAGAUUUAACUAAUGCUACGCAUUAUAAUCCACACAUUUAUUCAGAUAUUCCUCCUUUUUUUUUCUUUUUUUUUAAAUCCUUCGUCCUACCGUGCGUUUUAUAUACUUCUCUCAUUUUUUGUUUUCUUUUUUUUUGCAGUUCUAGCUUGACGAAAGAUAAAUCAAGUGUUUUGAUGCACCUUUUUGAAAUUCAGAACUAGGAAGUGGUCAAACUGGAGAAACAAAGCAAACCAGAUACCAAAAGCGAGAUUUUUUUAUUUUUUUUUUAAUUUUUCCUUCACAAUUUCAAAAUUGUCACCGAUUUGCCUUUUCAAUGUUGUUAUGGGAUUUUUCACUGAAGUUCGUGCAGUCUCUUAUUUUAUCUUACUAUUUAGGAAAUUUUAAUCAUGAGUCACUUUUAAUGUCUCCUCUUUUUCCUUCUAAACAUUAGUCACAWGUGUGUAUAGUGGUAAGACUAGAAUACAGUGUUAGUCAAGUACCAGUUUUUCCUUGAACAGUAUUAGCAAURUUGCCUACAAAUUGUUCACUACAUUUGCCCCAAUUUUUCAGGAUAAAACCUAAGUUGUUAUUUUAACUGGUUAGUACAUUUAAAUUGGAACAGCAUCCUGCAGUUGAAAAACCUUUUUUAGUUACCUGUUAUUCUUACAGUUACAAACACUAUAAACUGCCUGUAAAAGAAAUCAAAUAACCAAACUGCGUAUAAAUGAUGAAGCAUUAUAGAUUUCUUUUUUUACCAUUUUGAUUCCUAGCAGUAAUUUUAAGUAAGAGGGCAUUGUGCAAUAGUUAGUUAUUCCCAUGUUCAGCUAUUUAAAAGCUGCUUUAACUUGUCUGUUUGUCACUGUAUAUAACUAUUCCUAAUCUAAUUCUAGAUAUUAUUCUAUUAUGUUCAGCCUGAUUUAUAUGAUUUGAGCUGGUGACAGCUUACUGCCUCUACUGAAUUAGGUGAGAUUUACACUCAAUGGAAGCAAACUUUACUGUCAGUUGAUCUUUUAUUAUUGUUGUUGUUAUUAUUGUUUGUUGGAGGGGUAUCCAUUUCAUGGAAUUUUCGUGGAGGUAUCCGAAAUCACAUCYGUUGGUUUUAAAUACUUCAAAUAGGUGUCUAUGCUGUUCUUACCACGGGGCUGAUGGAAAUUACUUGGUACCUGGCAAAACUGAGAUGAGAGUCGUGCAGAGGAGCGGUCCCUGCUCUGGUGGCAGUGUCCCCCUCCUGCCUGCCCCUUCCCAGACCCAUUUUAAUCCAUCGAGACAUUCGAUUUUUAACUCUUGAGUCGUGGGGUUAUUUAUAUUAAGUCAACAAUGUGCGAGUACCUCAGGGACAUAAUUGAGCUGGAGGUGCAAAUAGAUUCCAAAAGGGUGCAACAGACACAGUGUAUUUCCCUGCCUCUUGUUUUUGUAUAUUUUUGCUACUCGGUUUUGCUUUUGUCCUAGCUUUUUUUUUUUUUUUUUUUUUUUUUUGUGCUUUGUCUCCACCGUCUUAAGAUUCCGUGUCCUGUACUAGCAUUAUAUUCCCUUAACCAAAGUAAUGGGGAAAAAAACAACAUUAUUUUUGUUUUUAGGUUUAUUUAUACUAUAUACUGCAUACAGUACUUUAAAUACCAAUUACAGUGCAAUCUUUUUAUUUAUUGUAAAAAAAAAUAAAAAAUAAAAAGUGUACUUAUGUACUAAUCUAAUCCCCCUCUCCACYCUCCCCAUAGCAUGUUACAUUUUGUCUGUUUUAUACUGUUGUACUUUAGGUCAACUUUUUACCUGGCAGCAUUCCUAGUAUUAUUAAUCUUCUUGCAUUUUCUUGUGUUUUUGAAGAUGGGAGCAUCUAGUACAUUAAAUGCCAAAAAAACCCAUUAUCAGUGAUUCAAACGUUUACAUGUAUCCAAAAACAAAAUCAUCUCUGGAAAGAAAGUGCUAAGAUCAAUGAAUUAUUCUGUGUGCCUCUCUAGAUGUAGCAAAUAUUAGAAAUGUUCUGUAUUUUGUUAUUGACUAUAAUUAGUUUGAUUUAGCCUUGCGAACUAAUGGCAUUGAGCUAAAUAUAUAUAUUUUUUUGUUUUUUGCCAAAGUCAUGGCUUGUCAAAUUUAUUUACAUCUUAUUUAAAUUUAUUUGUGAUAUGAAACUCUGUGACCUUGCAUCUGUAUUUUGUGAGCAAAGAGUAUACAGCUGUUUUCAUUGGAGGGGAGAAGAGUGUAUUUUUUAAAACGAUGAAAAGACCGCUAGUUUGGAAAACCCAGAAAUUUGAAUAGAUUCCCUUUUUUUUAUUUUUGGUAUAUUCUUUGAGCAGUGCUGCUAUGAAAUCCGAGCUUGACRCCUUUUUAAAAAAAA